AGAAGAAGAAGAAGGAAGAGGAAGAGGAAGAAGAUGCAUUAGCAUUAGCAUUAGCUCUGAAUAUGAAGAGCUCCUGGAUUAUCUAUCCAUGGAGGCCAGAGAGAGGAAGAUCCGUUUACAGAGCCUCUGUUUCCAGGCCGUCAGGAAGCACUUUGCCUCGCUGGGGACUGAGGCUGUUUUAGCAGAUCUCCCAGAGCCUCUUAUUAAGGAGCUUCUGCCUUUUCUGACAGUUUGUCAGCUGGAUGAAGUUCAACGAACCCUCAAUCGCAGAGGGUUUUCCACGUUUCCCAGAUGGUUGGAAGUCCUUCAGCAGCUGGUGGGCUCCAGCCGGGCGUUAGACUUCAGGACGGAGGAGGACGCCAAACACGAGGUGAUGCUGCGGCUCUUCACCGCCGUUCUCUAUGGACUGACUAACGGCUACGUUUUAAGGAACAGCGCGCAUUUAAAGUCCAGCUCUUUCCUUAGAGCGGCAGCCAGAAGCGUUCGCCAUUUCAUCCUGAUGCCCCCCAUCCAUGAGGCCCUUCAGACGCUGACCUCUGAUGGGCAGCACCUGCUGGCGCUGUUGGAGAAGAACAUCAGGAGCGUCCAUGUCAGCAGCCUGUGUCUGACGGACAGGAGAACCCAGGCAGCGCUGUACGUCCUCCACCGCCUGCUGGACCACGGCCUCUCUACCCACCUGAUGCUGAGCGUCCACUGUCCGCUGGGGUUGGCCUGGCUCCUGCAGGGACGCGGAUCCCGGUACGUGGACCCGGAGCUGGAACAACGCAUGUGCUGCGGUGGUUCUGCCAAGGCAGACCGGAUCCACGAGGGUCCAGGUGCUGAACCCACAGAUUCAGACGCUCAGAGGGAUCCCGUCUCUCCAUGCAAGCGAGCCAAGAUGGAGGAGGACCAAGCUCCAGCGCCCAGCUUUGAUGUCAGCCCUCAGCUUCUCUGCCGGACCUUCAGUCCAUGUGACGCCGCCUCAGCCGGAGCGUGUCCGUUUGGACGCAUCACCCGUCUGGAGAUCAGAAGCUGCGGACGGGAUUCUCUCAGGGUCCUGAGUUUCUACCUGCCCACGUUUUUCUGCCUUCAGUCGUUAACUCUUCACAGCACAGCCAUCUUCAGGGAGCCCCAGGUGUCGGCCUUUGCUGCUGCUCUCAAGCAGCUCUCAGACGCCUCACGCAGCGGCCUUGUUCACCUGAACGUGGGCAUCCUGCCAUGCAUCGGACUCCUGAAGACCCUGCUGACGGCCGGCCCCCGGCUGCAGGCCCUCUGUGUGGAGUUCCAGGAGGCCCUCUGGGGCCCACAGUGUCUCCUGGAUCACGCUGAGCCUCACAUGGCAGAUCUUCCUCUGGAGAAGCUGACUGUGAAAGUCAGCCAGCUGCAGACAGAUGCUGACUUCCUGACCUCUGUGCUGAGGCGCUGCCCCCGCCUGACCUGGCUCCACGUGGCAGGAAUCAGACUCCCCACAGGUUCCAGUCAGAGCGGGCUCCUCAGAACGCUGUCAGAGUAUAAUCGCUGUUUGAAGGUUCUGAUCCUGGAGGACAUCAAGCUGUGUGACUGUCUGCCUGACGUCCUGAAGCUGCUGAGAGGCUGCAGGUUGGAAGAGCUGCGCCUCACUGACUGUCGUCUUCUGGAGAAGUGUGGAGACCCAGGAGGAAGCCUUGUAGAGCUGGUGUCGGCGCUGAAGAUCCCGUCCCUCCAUAGCCUGGGUCUGGCCCAGAACCGACUGGCUAAGAAUGUGUGCGAGCUGGCAGAGCUGUUCUGUGGAGCGUCCCAGAGCUCACUGAGGCUGCUGGACAUCAGGUCCAAUUUUAUUCAGCCUGCUGACCUGCUACGGUUUGCUGACAGACUGAGGGUUCAUCGCCCCCCCCACAGACUGACCCUUGACCUGAGGAAGAACCCGGGAGACCGAGACCCUGAGACAUGGAGCGCCGCGCUGCAGAGCCUCCAGCCUUUCAGUCAUCCGCUGGUGGAAGGCUGGUCGUCCACCGACACCAUGGCGGACCACGUUAGCAACAUGUGAGGGAGGGGGGAGCUUCCCAGGAAAAAAACGUCAUCCCAUGUUUGUUUUGACAUUUGAAUGUUUCUUUAUUAAAGCCACGUCUGUUAGAGCCUCUGACACGCGUGUUUGUGACAGUAAGGUGACAUGUUAGACAACAAGCAUCGACACAACCAGCAGCUCAUCCUACGUACAAAGCAAGUAGAAAAAAGGAUCCAAAAGACGGCUUAAAAACAACUUUUUAGUUCCUGUUUAAAGCUAAUAUUAAAGAUCUGUUAAAUUA